AUGUCUAUGUAUUCCCAUGAGAAUCCAGUCGAGACAACUCGAAGGCUACAGGAUGAGUGCAUCAAAGCCGACUCUAAUUUCUUGCUCACAUGGGACCAGUGGGUGCCACCAAAGUUGUGUCCUACUCCAUCCCCUCAAAAAGACCGGAUUCCUGUGGGCGACAAUCAUAUUGGCAUUCGACCUAACCAAGCUACUACAUCCGGCCCACCUCAAGUGACUAAUUCCAAAAUCUCAACCAUGCCAUCUAAAGAGACUUACACCGAAGCACUUCCUAUGAACAAUUUUGGCCAUGAAGUAUUCGAGAUGUACUGGAAUACUGAGGCUGAUCAAGUGCCGAAGGCAGGAUCACCGACUGCAACACCAUCGGCUGAACCACAAGUGGGAGGUCAACAUAACUGA